CCAGUAGGUGGCAGUGCAUCACCGCUACUUUGAAAGCGCCGGGAGAAUAAGUGUCAGCUUGAAAGAGGUAAACAGUCCACGCUGACCUGCACCAACAGCGUUUCGCAUCAUGUGUCGGUGAUAAAACCUCCCGAGGCAGAAUGAAGACUCUGAGGUUCGUUCAUUCGCGACUGCCUCUCUUCCCACGGAGCUGUCAGAGACCCGCCGUCGCCUGCAGGCUUCUCCCCACGUCUCACCGAGGACAGCCGCCCGUCCUUCAGUCCAACAGGUCCCUGGCGCUCUCCGCCUCCAGCCUGAAGAACUGGAAAGACCUCGGCAGCAGUUCACACACAGAGGAGGAGGAGGAAGAUGGAGACCUCCUGGAGGAGACGGAGGUGGAGGAGCUGUUCCAGCAGCAUGUCCCUGCGGGGAUCGGACAGGGACAGCACAGGGUGUUUAUCGUCCACCCGGAUGUGAAGUGGGGGAGCAGAAAGCAGAACCUGACCACAGCCGAGCUGAUGAUGGCCGAGGCCGAGGGACUGGUGAACACCUUGGACAACUGGACAGUGGUGGACAAGAUCAUUCUCUCCACAAAGACACCAGAGAAGAAGAAGAUAUUUGGAAAGGGAAACUUCCAGCUUCUUACAGGGAAGAUCAGGGGGACCCCGGGAGUCACCGCUGUGUUCGUGAAUGUGGACCGCCUGUCCUCUGUGUCUGAGAGGGAGUUCGAGGAAACCUGGGGGGUGAAGGUCUUUGACAGGUACUCUGUUGUUCUCCACAUCUUCCGCUGCAACGCCAGAACCAAAGAGGCCAAGCUCCAGAUCUCACUGGCAGAGAUCCCCUUACUGAGGUCUCGUCUAAAAAACGACAUGGCGGAUUUGGAUCAGCAGGGCGGGGGAGCGAGGUACAUCGGAGGCUCAGGGGAGACGCUGUAUGAAGUCCAGCAGAGGUUGCUGAAGGAGCGGGAGACGAGGAUCCGCUCGGCCCUGGAGAAACUUCGCAGAAAGAGGCACCUGCUGCGGUCUCAGCGGAAACACAGGGAGUUCCCCACCGUGUCCGUGCUGGGAUACACCAACUGUGGUGAGAGCCUGGAGACGCCACUCGGAAAGUCUCGGGCACAUCGUUCUCAUUCGUUUUUGCUGUAUCCGUGUCAGUUAUUAUUAUUAAUUAUUUCCAUCUGUUCAGGGAAAACCACUCUGAUCAAAGCUCUGACCGGCGACAGCGGCCUGCAGCCCAGGAACCAGCUGUUCGCCACCCUCGAUGUGACCGUCCACGCCGGCCAGCUGCCCAGUCACAUGACCGUUCUGUACGUGGACACCAUCGGCUUCCUGUCUCAGCUCCCACACCAGCUAAUCGACUCCUUCUCCGCCACCCUGGAGGACAUCAUACACUCGGAUCUGUUGGUUCACGUCAGAGACGUCAGUCAUCCAGAGACGGUGAAUCAGAAGGCGAACGUCCUGAACGUCUUGAGGAACCUGCAGAUCCCACACAGGCUGCUGGACUCCAUGAUCGAGGUUCACAAUAAGAUCGACCUGCUUGGCAGUUAUGAGAGCUCAGAGCCCGGUGCCGUGCUCAUCUCUGCCCUGCAGCAGCGAGGCCUGGAUGAGCUGAAGAGAGCUGUGGAGCAGGAGGUCGUAAAGUCCACCGGAAAGCAAAUCCUGGACCUGAGGGUAAACCUCAGCUCUCCUCAGUUAAGCUGGCUGUACAAGGAGGCCACCGUCCAGGACGUGCAGGUGAACGCCGAGGAAGGCUCGGCCGUCGUCAAGGUCAUCAUCAGCGCCGCUGAUCACGGACGCUACAAGAAACUGUUCGAAAUUAGAUGAGAGAUGAAAGGAGGAAAAAAAAUGACUGAACUCAGAACCAUGAAGAGCUUAGGAAAAUAUUGUGUUUACUCUGCAGCGAUUAAAAGAUCUGAGCUGACAAA